CCCCGCGGCUCCCUGCGCGCUCUGCCUGAGAAAAGUGAGCUAGUGGCGGACCGGAGGCGGGGAGGGAGUUGGUACGACCGUGGAGGGAGAAAACGGACCAUCUCGGCCCCAAUUCGGAACACUUUUAUUGACUUUCGCCGGCCGCGGAAGGCGAAAUGUGCCCGUUCUAGAGGUUUGCUGUGAUGCGCGGCGGGUGGGAAAGUCGGAAAUAUCCCAAGUUGGAGCCCGCAGACUGGCUGAAAAGUUAGCCAAAUUAGCUCGCGUCGGCUAAAUUAGCCCGUCGAGGACAAAAACAGGCCCGCCGGGGGGAACGAGCGAGGCGGCCGAGAGUGAGGAGGAAUGUCGCGCCCCGGGAUUCGGAAGUUCACCUACGGAUGAGAAGAAGGAGACCCGGGAACGCGGACGACUACUUGCGAGCCAGGGGACCGCUGCCAUGUUGGGGUGGCUGCCGCUGCUCGGCUCCGGCGGCCCGUCCGAGCACCGGGGGUGCCUGAGCUCGGCGGUGCCGCCGCGGCGGCGGGCGCUCGGGAGCGCCUUCCUCAGGCUGCUGCUGCUGCUGGAAGCGGCCCUCGACCUCGCCGUUUCGGGGCUCGACGGCGACAGCGGCGGCAACAACCGCAGCGUCAACAUAUACAUGAGCGUGGACGAGCUCAACAGGCUGCUGGGUCUGGACGCAGAGCUUUAUUACGUCCGUGACGACGUGGUGAACCACAACGCCAUGUCCUUCACCAUGCCCGUGCCCAGCGAAACCAACAGCCUCCACUUCACCUGGCACUCCAAGUCCAAGGUGGACUACCGCUUGGGGUUCCACGUGGAGAACCCUCCUGCCAUGAACACACCGCGGAGCAACAUCUCCAGCCAGGGCGAGCUUCCCCGCGUUCCCUCCGUUUUUCGAGUGGACCUUUUCUGUUCGGGCAAGGUGGACGGCGAGGCCGUCGUGACGGUGCAGCUCAAUUUGACCUUGCACGGCAACAACUACACAGUGCUGAACUUCAAGAGGAGGAAAAUGUGCUACAAAAGAAUAGAUUCCGACCCAAACAUUCCAUUUCCUUUCAACAACCACACCCUCCACACGGCUCAGCAGCCCGACUUGGACGGCGUGACUGCGCCCACCACCUCCACCCAAGUGUUCUACAUCAGCGUGAGCGUCUGCUGCAUCGUCAUCUUCCUGGUGGCCAUCAUUCUGGCCAUCCUGCACCUGCACAGCAUGAAGAGAUUGGAGGUGGAGGACAGCGUGAGCGACAGUGGAAGCUCGCAGGGGCUUUCUCAGCCUUCCACGCAGACCACGCAGUACCUUCGGGCUGACACACCGAACAACGUGGCCCCCGUGUCCAACAACCACCCCGGUUCCGCACCCAUUCUCCAGCUCGCCACCUCCUCCUUCCAAAACACCGGCGCCCCCCCUCACGAAACCAAAAGCUUCCCAUCGCUACGCAUCGAGAAGAAUGACCUGAGGAGCGUGACCCUCAUGGAGGCCAAGGCCAAAGUCAAAGACAUCGCCAUCUCGCGGGAGAGGGUCACACUCCGGGAUGUCCUGCAUGAAGGGACCUUUGGCCGCAUCUUCCACGGCGUGCUGCUGGACGAAAAGGACCCCGCCAAGGAAAAGCCGGUCUUUGUGAAGACUGUGAAAGAUCACUCAUCAGAGGUCCAGGUGACCAUGAUGUUGACCGAAAGCUGCAAGCUUCGUGGCCUCCAUCACAGAAACCUGCUACCCAUCAGCCACGUGUGCACGGAAGAGGGCGAGAAACCGAUGGUGCUGCUGCCCUUCAUGGCCUGGGGCAACUUGAAGCUGUUCCUGCGCCAGUGCAAGCUCGCCGAGGCGAACAACCCGCAGGCUAUCUCACAGCAAGACCUGGUCUACAUGGCCAUCCAGAUCGCGUGCGGAAUGAGCUACCUGGCCCGCCGCGAGGUCAUCCACAAAGACCUCGCUGCCAGGAACUGCGUCAUCGACGACAACAUGCAGGUGAAGAUCACGGACAACGCCCUGGCCCGCGAUCUGUUCCCCAUGGACUACCACUGCCUGGGGGACAACGAGAACCGGCCCGUGCGCUGGAUGGCCCUGGAGAGCUUGCUCGACAACGACUUUUCUAGUGCCAGCGAUGUGUGGGCUUUCGGCGUGACGCUGUGGGAGCUGAUGACUCUGGGCCAGACGCCGUACGUGGACAUCGACCCCUUCGAGAUGUCGGCCUACCUGAAGGACGGAUACAGGAUAGCGCAGCCGAUCAACUGUCCCGACGAACUGUUCGCCGUCAUGGCGUGCUGCUGGGCUCUGGACCCCGAGGAGAGACCGAAGUUCCAGCAGCUGGUCCAGUGCCUCACCGAGUUUCACGCCGCCUUGGGGGCUUACGUGUGAAAGCCUCGCCGAUCCGACUCGUGCCUUACCAAAGAAAACCAAACGGAGGCUUGUGACUUUUUUUUUUUUCAUUUUUGUACAGUUAUUAGCUUUUUACAUCAUAGCAAGUAUUUUUCCAUAGAAUGUUUUUUUUUUUUUUUUCCACUUGAGGACUCUCCCGUUGGGGAAUUUUUUCCACUGACAUUGACGUGUCGUGUUUUAAAGGCACUUCAGCGUUAGCUUCACUUGUGUAUGUACAGUACUGUAACGCCGUUAAGAUGCAACUAGGCCGGUACGACAGCGAGAAACCUUUGCCGAAUUUUCUUCUGCUUCCGUCAUCAACAUUCAACAUCUGACUGCCGCACUGGGGACUCGGGGCGGGGACAAAUUCAACACGGCGACCCUCAGGGUUUAGUGUCGAGGCACCGUCUGUUUGCACGGUUAUUCCGCAGUUUUGUGAAAGACCGUUCCAAAAAAAAAGCCACAUAAAAGUCGGCAUUAUUUCGACUUUUUCCGUGUCGGGAGGUAGUGACAGAGGCGGGACGCCAACCGUGUAAAAGAUCCUUCUGCAGUGUCAAACGAAGGCCGUUGAAAUGUAAAAUGUUUUUCUGACAUCGAAUGGGGACAACAAGAGUCACCUGAAUUUUCACUUUUCUGGAGAUUGCAUCAGUGACGGACGGGAUGCCGUAAAUUUGCACGACUAGUUUGUUGGGUUCUCUAAAAAAUAUUGGGACACACCUUGAAACUUUUUACCAGAAUCUGCGUUUUAUAUAACACAGGGGUGUCAAACUCGUUUUGUCGUGCACCGCAUUGUACUUGCGGUUUUCCUCAAUGGGCCGUUAUGGCUGUGAAACGAUAAAAAUCUUUAACCGCCCAAUCAUAUUUACACACGAAAUUUAUGAACUAGUUUUGGAAUCAGUAAUCAAGGGUAACGGGUUUUUCCAACUAUUGUUUGGUAACACAAAAAAUGUUUGUAAUAUCUCAACGUUAUCAUUUAUGAUAGGACAAUUAGAGAUUUUGGUCCAGGCUUGAACAAAAAAAAAAAAAAAAUCUGGGAAGUUGAUACACGUGAUUUGCCCCCGCGGGCCACAUAAAAUCAUGCGGCGGGCCGGAUCUCGCCCCCCGGGCCUUGAGUUUGACACCUCGGAUGUAACCCAUUGACUGUUUAAGAAAAAAAAAAAUCACUGGGACGAAAUAAUUGUACACCUUCAGAGGUAGUAGCGGAGCCCUCACAGACAGAUUACGGUUUUACUCAAUGGUGGGACAAUAAUGUGUGUUUGUGUGCAUUUAGUUUGCAGGGUUCUGUGUGAAAACGUGCAGAAAAAUUCCGGAUUUCCCGUUACGGCUCUGAUGCGGGUUACUAGGCAGGACGUCUCCAUGGAAGAGGUCGUUGCCGGUAAAAGCUAGGAUUUUUUUCCCCCAUGUCGCAGUUCCGUGACGGUUGACCAAGCAAUAUUCCGCCUUCGGGGGUAGUAGUCAGAGCCACAGCGGAUGUGACGGCAUUAAUUUGAUAAGUUCUGUGUAC